AUGGACAGCGAGCAAUUGCAGGCCAAGAUAACGGCUGCCAGGCGUGAGGCCGAGGGGUUGAAGGAUCGCAUCAAGCGCAGGAAAGAUGAAUUGGCCGAUACCACUCUUCGUCAAGUUUCACAGAACAACACAGAUGCUCUCCCACGGAUCGGCAUGAGGCCUCGUCGAAACCUCAAGGGCCACCUUGCCAAAAUCUACGCCAUGCACUGGUCGACCGACCGACGACACCUCGUCUCUGCCUCCCAGGACGGCAAGCUGAUAAUCUGGGAUGCCUACACCACAAAUAAAGUCCAUGCCAUUCCGCUCCGGUCGUCCUGGGUGAUGACCUGUGCUUAUGCCCCCAGUGGCAACUACGUUGCCUGCGGUGGUCUUGAUAACAUCUGCUCCAUCUACAACCUGUCAUCACGAGAAGGACCGACCCGUGUCGCCAGAGAAUUGUCCGGUCAUUCAGGUUAUCUGUCCUGCUGCAGAUUUAUCAACGACCGCCGGAUCAUCACCUCCUCAGGGGACAUGACAUGUAUGUUGUGGGAUAUCGAAACCGGCACAAAGGUGACAGAAUUUGCCGACCACCUUGGCGACGUGAUGAGCAUCAGCAUCAACCCAACCAACAACAACAUUUUUGUCUCAGGGGCUUGCGACGCUUUUGCCAAGUUGUGGGAUAUCAGAAUGGGUAAGGCCGUGCAGACGUUUUCUGGGCACGAGUCUGAUAUCAACGCCAUUCAAUUUUUCCCUGAUGGCAACGCCUUUGGAACCGGAUCUGACGAUACGUCCUGUCGGUUGUUUGACAUCCGUGCCGAUCGUGAACUCAAUAUCUACCAGAGCGAUCAAGUACUCUGUGGCAUCACAUCGGUUGCCUUCUCAGUCUCCGGCCGACUCUUAUUUGCUGGUUACGAUGAUUUCGAGUGCAAGGUUUGGGAUGUCCUGCGUGGAGACAAGGUUGGCUCAUUAAGCGGGCACGGAAAUCGCGUCAGCUGCCUUGGUGUCAGCAAUGAUGGAAUAAGUUUGUGCACUGGUUCUUGGGAUUCUCUCGUAAGCCUUGCAACAUUCCUCCUCCUCUAUAGCGUGAUUUGGCCAUUUGCUUAUAUCUUCUUGCUUAGCUCAAAAUCUGGGCCUGGUAGACCAAUUCACCGCAUCAUACCAUAG